UUCUUAGGAGAGAGAAAAUCAGCAUAACACACACAACCUGCGAAAGAGAAAGGGAGAAAGAAAAUUAAAAACCCAAAGAAAAUUUAAACGUUUUUUUCUUGAAAAAACUUUUACUACUACUAGUACUAUAUUUUCAAUUUUCAAAUAUAUCAUAUAUCAUAAAUCAUAAAUUACUUCUUCAAAUUCGAGUUUUUUCUACAAAAAAGCUUGAAAUUUGAAUUUCUGGGUGUUUAUGUUCUGGGCUGAUCUACGAGCUUGGUUGGUUAAUUUCAGUUGAGCUAGUUGAAUUAGCUGGUGGGUCCCCUAAAUGAGUUGAAGACUGGGGGCGAAACGAAACAUAAUCGUAUUUCUUGCUUAACGCAAAUGGCUUCAUCAGUGAAUAUAAUUAUUGAUUCACAUGUAUGGGUGGAAGAUCCUAAGUUAGCGUGGAUUGAUGGAGAAGUUACUCGGAUUACUGGUGAUGAGGUUCAUGUUCGGACUACAAAUGGAAGAACAGUUAUCACUAAGAUUUCUAAAGUAUUUCCAAAAGAUACGGAAGCUCCACCUGCAGGAGUUGAUGACAUGACAAGACUUUCUUAUCUUCAUGAACCUGGCGUCUUACAAAACUUGGCUACUAGAUAUGAAUUAAAUGAAAUAUAUACAUAUACUGGCAAUAUCCUCAUUGCUGUAAAUCCCUUUCAAAGAUUACCUCAUCUGUAUGAUACACACAUGAUGCAACAAUACAAAGGAGCGAGUCUAGGGGAAUUGAGUCCUCAUGUUUUUGCGAUUGGUGAUGUUGCAUACAGGGCGAUGAUUAGUGAGGGAAAGAGCAACUCUAUUCUGGUUAGUGGAGAGAGUGGUGCCGGUAAAACAGAAACAACAAAGAUGCUUAUGAGAUAUCUGGCUUACUUGGGUGGGCGAUCCGGGGUAGAGGGAAGAACUGUUGAGCAACAAGUUCUGGAGUCUAACCCAGUUCUUGAAGCAUUUGGUAAUGCAAAAACUGUGAGGAACAACAAUUCCAGUCGGUUCGGUAAAUUCGUUGAAAUCCAGUUUGAUAAGAGUGGAAGGAUAUCUGGCGCAGCUAUCAGAACUUAUCUUCUUGAAAGAUCACGUGUUUGCCAAAUAUCAGAUCCUGAGAGGAAUUAUCAUUGCUUUUAUCUUCUUUGUUCAGCACCAACUGAGGAUAUUGAGAAAUAUAAGUUGGGCAAUCCAAAAUCAUUCCACUAUUUAAACCAAUCAAGUUGUUAUGAGCUGGAGGGUGUAAAUGAUGCUCAUGAGUAUCUGGAACUCAGGAGAGCUAUGGAUAUAGUUGGAAUCAGUGAGGAGGAACAGGAGGCAAUCUUCAGGGUUGUGGCCGCUGUUCUUCAUCUUGGUAAUAUCAAUUUUGUUAAAGGAGAUGAGAUUGAUUCUUCUGCCAUAAGGGACGAGAAAUCGAGAUUCCAUCUCAACAUGACUGCUGAACUUCUUAGGUGUGAUGCCCAAAACUUGGAAGAUGCAUUGAUAAAACGUGUCAUGGUGACACCAGAAGAAGUGAUCACAAGAACUCUUGAUCCUGUUAAUGCUUUAUCUAGCAGGGAUGCGUUGGCUAAGACAGUAUACUCUCGCUUGUUUGAUUGGAUUGUGGAGAAAAUCAAUGUUUCAAUUGGACAAGAUCCACAUUCAAAAUCAAUAAUUGGGGUUCUUGAUAUCUAUGGUUUUGAAAGUUUCAAGUUUAACAGUUUUGAGCAAUUCUGCAUCAAUUUUACAAAUGAGAAACUGCAGCAGCAUUUCAACCAGCAUGUCUUCAAGAUGGAGCAAGAAGAAUACUCCAAAGAAGAGAUUGACUGGAGCUACAUAGAAUUUGUUGAUAACCAGGAUAUGUUGGACCUAAUUGAGAAGAAACCUGGAGGAAUAAUUUCCCUGCUUGAUGAAGCCUGCAUGUUCCCUAAGUCUACACACGAAACAUUUGCUCAGAAGUUGUACCAGACAUUUCAGAAAAAUAAACGCUUUUGCAAACCAAAACUUUCUCGCACUGAUUUUAUUAUAUCGCACUAUGCUGGGGAGGUUCUUUAUCAAGCUGAUCAGUUUCUGGAUAAAAAUAAAGAUUACGUGGUCGCAGAACAUCAAGUUUUGCUGACAGCCUCAAAGUGUGAUUUCGUAGCUUCACUUUUCCCUCCACUUCCAGAAGAUUCAUCAAAGUCAUCCAAGUUUUCUUCAAUUGGAUCGAGAUUUAAGCUGCAACUUCAAUCUUUGAUGGAGACAUUGAGUGCAACCGAGCCUCACUAUAUAAGGUGUGUGAAGCCAAAUAAUACGUUGAAGCCUGCCAUUUUUGAAAACGUGAACGUCAUCCAACAAUUACGAUGUGGUGGUGUCCUCGAGGCAAUCAGGAUAAGCUGUGCAGGAUAUCCUACUAGAAAGACAUUCUACGAGUUCCUUCUACGUUUUGGUGUCCUUGCACCGGAAGCACUGGAAGGAAAUUAUGAUGACAUGGUUGCAUGUCAGAUGAUUCUUGAUAAAAUGGGAUUGCAAGGAUACCAGAUAGGCAAGACAAAAGUUUUCUUAAGAGCAGGCCAGAUGGCUGAACUGGAUGCUAGAAGGGCUGAGGUACUUGGAAAUGCAGCAAGAAAGAUGCAGCGGAGGAUUCGCACUUAUAUUGCUCGAAAGGAUUUUGUAGCUCUUCGGGAUUCUGCUAUUCAGUUGCAGGCUUUAUGUCGCUACAGAACGGCCUGUAAGCAGUAUGAACAAUUGCGGCGUGAGGCUGCAGUUUUAAGAAUUCAGACAAAGUUCCGGCAGCAUGUAGCCAGAACAGCUUAUUUGGCAGUACGAUUAUCUGCAAUCGCCUUGCAGACAGGAUUAAGAACAAUGACUGCACGCCAAGAAUUUAGAAUGAAGAAACGGACAAAAGCAGCCAUCCAAAUCCAGGCCAAGUGGCGUUGUCACCAUGCUUAUGCUUAUUAUAAACAACUAUACAAGGCAGCUAUUGCUACACAGUGUGAGUGGAGGUGCAGAGUUGCAAGAAGGGAGCUCAGAAAGCUCAAAAUGGCUGCAAGGGAUACAGGAGCCCUUAAAGAAGCCAAAGAUAAGCUUGAAAAGCGUGUGGAGGAACUGACAUGGCGGUUACAACUUGAGAAGCGUCUGCGGACUGACCUUGAGGAGGCAAAAUCCCAAGAGACUGCGAAGCUACAGGAGGCAUUGCAUACCAUGCAAUUACAACGCGAAGAAGCUAAAGCAAUGGUCAUUAAAGAAAGAGAGGCUGCUAGGAAAGCCAUCGAGGAUGCACCUCCUGUUAUUAAGGAAACUCCUGUUAUUAUUCAGGACACGGAGAAGAUUGAUUCGCUGACUGCUGAACUUGAAUCAGUCAAGGCUUUGCUGCAGUUGGAGAGAGAGUCGAGGGAAGAGGUGAAGCAAUCCUAUGCAAUAAUGCUGACCAAGAAUGAAGAACUAAUUAAGAAGCUGGAGGAGGCAGAGAAAAAAUCAAAUCAGUUUCAAGAAUCAAUGCAGAGGCUUGAAGAAAAGGUCUCUAAUUUGGAAUCGGAGAACCAAGUGCUUCGCCAACAAGCGGUGGCCAUAUCUCCAACAGGAAAGGCUUUAGCUUCUCGGCCAAAGACAACAAUUAUACAGAGGACUCCGGAGAAUGGGAAUGUUGUGGAUGGAGAACUUAGGAGAGUUUCGGCACUUGCUCCGGUACCUUACACACCUGAAAGUGAAGCAAAGCCCCAAAAGUUCCUUAAUGAGAAGCAACAGGAGAACCAAGAUCUUCUCAUUAGGUGUAUAUCGCAAGAUCUGGGAUUCUCUAAAGGCAGGCCUAUUGCAGCAUGUUUGAUUUACAAAUCCCUUUUACAAUGGCGAUCAUUUGAGGUUGAAAGAACAAAUAUAUUCGAUCGUAUCAUUCAAACAAUAUCUGCAGCUAUUGAGACCCCGGAUAGCAAUGAUGUUCUGUCCUAUUGGUUAUCCAAUUCAGCCACAUUGCUGUUGCUGCUCCAACGCACAUUAAAAGCAAGUGGAGCGGCUAGCCUAACUCCACAUCGGAGGAGAACCUCUUCAGCUUCUUUAUUUGGUCGGGUGUCUCAGGGACUUCGAUCAUCUCCACAAAGUGCCGGGUUUCAGUUUUUCAAUGGUCGUGCUCUUGGUGACGAGUUGCGUCAGGUCGAGGCGAAGUAUCCUGCUCUUCUUUUCAAACAGCAACUUACUGCUUUCCUGGAAAAGAUAUAUGGAAUGAUCAGAGACAAUUUGAAAAAAGAGAUUUCUCCGGUGCUUGGUUUAUGCAUCCAGGCACCUAGAACUUCCCGUGCAAGUUUAGCGAAGGGGCGUGCUCAAGCAAAUGCAGUUGCUCAACAAGCAUUAAUUGCUCACUGGCAAAAUAUUGUCAAAAGCCUAAAUAACUAUUUGAACACUAUGAGAGCAAAUUAUGUUCCACCCUUCCUUAUCCACAAGGUGUUUACACAAACAUUUUGUUUUAUCAAUGUUCAGCUUUUCAAUAGUCUUCUGUUGCGCCGUGAAUGCUGUUCAUUUAGCAAUGGGGAGUAUGUAAAAGCGGGUUUGGCUGAACUAGAACAAUGGUGUCAUGAUGCAACAGAGGAGUAUGCAGGUUCUUCCUGGGAAGAACUCAAGCACAUAAAACAAGCAGUUGGAUUCCUGGUUAUACACCAAAAACCUAAGAAAAGCUUGAAGGAAAUAACAAAUGAUUUAUGUCCUGCACUCAGCAUACAGCAGUUGUAUCGCAUCAGUACAAUGUAUUGGGAUGACAAAUAUGGCACACACAGUGUAUCUGCCGAGGUUAUUUCAAGUAUGAGAGUCAAGAUGACAGAGGACUCCAACAAUGCCGUAAGCAGCUCGUUCCUUCUAGAUGAUGACUCGAGCAUCCCAUUUUCGGUUGAUGAAAUCUCCAAGUCUAUGGAACAAGUGGAAUUGGCGGAUGUUGAUCCCCCGCCUUUGCUCCGUGAGAAUUCAGGGUUUACAUUUCUAUUACAACGCUCCGAUUGAUAUUCCAUGAUCAAGCAUUCACCUGUACAUUGCUGCCAUGAAGUUUCUAUGUAUAUUUCUGUUUAUUCAUACCCAGGCACUCAUUUAUUUUGCCCGGGUUGUUUGUUUCACUCUCAUCAGCCAAAAUGUUGGCUGCUUGUUCUUUUUUUUCACCAUUUAAUUUAUUUUGGGGGGCUAAGUUUUCUUAUGUGAACAGUAGUCGCCGUGAUAGGAAGCCACAAAUGUGCAUCAGCCGUGCACAAUGGGCCGGGCCUGGUCAUGGGAGCAAUGUCAAUCAUGUAAUAGUGUAGUAGACUAGUAAUGGUGGCUCCUCAUUCAUGUACAUUUAUGUGUCUGCCGUUGACGUCGUUUGGUGUAAUGGUGAUGUAAAAAAUAACAUGCUGUUUGAAGGAAAUGAAAUGUUUUUUUCUUAACACAA